GCCUCUGCUCUGUUGCCUUGUCCUACAACAGUUGUUCCUCGCACAGGAUCUCCGCCGUAGCCCAGAAGCCGGAGCUCUGUACCUCAAACUGCAAAACUCCGCCAGAGAUAAGUUUCUCUGGACCAAAAACGAAACCCUGUGGUACUUCGUCUCAAGCUUCGCUCUACGCUACUCGAGCCAGAGAAAGUCAUUGUAGAAGGCUCUAGUGGUCCUGUGUAGUGCAUUCCGGUCUGUCUAGGACAGGGGAGCAGUCGUGUUGGACCAAAGUUUCAUCCGUGCGGAAUUCGAACCACAGAAAAAUGCAGCUGGGAUCUGCGACAGUCUUGCUGCUCUUGACCAGCCUGGUCGUCGUAACUGCUGGGGAGAGACAGCGGUUUUGCUACAAGAGAGUGGGGUACACGCGCAAGCACGGGGAGACGCAGCAUGUGCAGAGGACGGUGAGAGACGAGUCUUGUGAAGGACCAUCAUGUGUGAAGUACGCCGCAGAGGCCAGGCCGGUCACACACUACAAGACUGAGGUGGUGUUCCGCACAGAGAGGCACUGCUGUGCCGGCUACCAGAGGUCCCCAGACACACCAGACGCCUGCGUUCCCAUCUGCACCAGGGGCUGUCCUCAAGGAGAAAGCUGCACCGCACCCAACAGGUGUGAAUGCGCAGAGGGCCACGAGAGGGACUCCGAGGGGCGGUGCGUCCCAGUUUCCGCACCUCUGCCGGAAGGAGAACCCAGAACCCUGCAGUCGCAGAUCUUGUCAUACGUCAACUUGUUGCUCGACGGCGUGAAGUCUCUACUCUGGGAUGAAGGCGCCCACAAGCACGCACACACCGCCGGCUCUCUGCUGCCGGCUCGCAAGGAAAACCCGAUUGCAAGGGGUGCGACAGACGAAUUCAGUGAAGAAGCUGGAGCAACCUGCCGGCGCAAUGGAACUGCAGUGGAGAAUUCCCUCCCGGCUGGAGCCCUGGACCAGCACUGGAACAGCAGCUGCUUGUCUGACGCCCGCCCGCUCCUGGUUCCCCUGGCUAUGGGCGGACAGCGUUUCGCCACAGCCGAGUUCUGAUGACGUCACCGUGACAAGUCGCUGUGACGUCACCGCUGCGCGAAGCGGAUCAGCUGCUGUGAUCUCGCCGUCCCGUUCAACAGUGAUGUCAGCUUCACGCACCACGGCAUCCGGGGCGGUGUCAUCGUUACCACAACACAACUCCUCUCAUCGCUUUUAAUCUAUCGUUUCACCAUUUCGUCUCUACCCCCUCUGCAGUUUUACAUCACAACUCACUGUCGCUUUUUAUUUAUCGUUUCAUCAUUUCAUUAUCUACCUCUACAAUUGAAUACAACUCUACUCGUCUUCACUAUUAUUUUAUCGUUUCAUCAUUUCGUUCUCUACCUCCUCUACAAUUUGACACCACAACUCCCCUCAGCAUCACUUUUAAUUUACCAUUUCAUCAUUCCGUUCUCUAGCUUCUCUACACUUUUACACAACUCCACUCAUUGUCACUUUUAAUUUAUUGUUUCAUCAUUUCGUUCUCUACCUCUUCUACAAUUUUAUACCACAACUCUACUCAUCAUCGCUUUUAAUUUAUCGUUUCAUCAUGUCAUUCUCCAUCUCCUCUACAAUUUUACAUGACUACUCAACUCAUCAUUGUUUUAAUUUAUCGUUUCAUCUUUUCCUCCACAAUCUUCCACACGCUUGUAAAUAGUGCUUUGGUUCGAUAUAUUUAUUUUAAAUCAGUGUGCUGUUAGUGCAUAAGACAUUGUAGUUACCUAUUUAUCACUUGUGCAGCUAUUGCUGAGCAAGAAGACCAGAAAAACCUCUCGGUGUAAAUACCUAUUUUUCAUUGAACGCAAAUAUUUUUAUUCUCGUCUGUGUUUGACUGCUGUGAUCGCCAAUCGAAAUACACAAAAUGCCUGUGCCAGUCAGUUUAAUGGCAUGAUUCCUGAGAACCACAAACACACUUAACAGUAUUAUAAAUGAAGACCACGACUUAUGGUAUAGGUUCCUCCCUACGAUUUCAUAUGCCAAUGAAUGGGAAAUUUCACUAUGACAGCAAAUAUUAUGUUUCCGCAUUUCAGGAAUUUCACUCCAUUUUUUUCGGAAUGCUUCAGUGGAAAUUUUAACACAUUUUCUUAAGUGUGUCAAAAUGUUAUCUUACAUAUUUGUCACAAUAAGCUACCUUUAGAA